AUGGGCGAGCGCAAGGUCUUGAACAAGUACUUCCCGCCGGACUUCGAUCCGGCGCUUAUGCCUCGGCGCAAGCAGCCGAAGAACAUGCAGAUCGAGGUGCGUAUGAUGCUGCCCUUCUCGAUCCAGUGCAGCACGUGCGGCGAGUACAUGUACCGCGGCAAGAAGUUCAACUCGCGCAAGGAAGACGUGCUCGAGGAAGACUACCACGGCAUCAAGAUCUUCCGCUUCUACAUCCGAUGCAUCACGUGCGCGAGCGAGAUCACGUUCAAGACGGAUCCGCAGCAUGGCGACUAUGCUGCCGAGCAUGGCUGCCAACGCAACUUUGAGCCAUGGCGUGAGACCGACGCUGACGAAGCUGCGGUGCUAAAGGAGCGCGAAGAAGAAGAAAAGGGCGACUCGAUGAAGGCGCUGGAAAACCGAACGCUCGACUCGAAACGAGAGAUGGACAUUCUCGAUGCGCUCGACGAAAUUAAGGCCAUCAACCAGCGCCACGCCAAGGUCGACACGGACGCGCUACUUGCCAAGGUCGCCAGCAGCGGCGAGCAGCCCGUGGAAACCAAGAUCAUGACCGAAGAAGAGAUCCAAGCCGAGAUGGAAAACUUCCGGAAGCGCAAGCUCGAGCAGCUCGCGUCGGGGCCACCUGCCAAGGCGGCCAAGACCGUGCCGAAGUCAGUGGUGGCGUCCAAGCCGAAAGCCAAGGCCGCGCCGGCUAAGGCGGUUGCGUUGGUCGGCAAUUACGAUAGCAAUAGUGACUAG